AAAGAAAUUGAAUUUCCAACCUGACAAUGGCAAUAAAACGGCCGAUUUGAUGUGUGCUUUUUUUUAUGGCCUGUAGUUUUCGAAUUUUGAUAAAUUAAUACGAAACGCCAAAUAUUUACGAACUUUUCACAUGGUCGGGGGGCCAUUAAUUCUGGCCUGGACCCCUGGGCUCGCUCAUUAGCAAUGCAAACGAGCUACCAAAAUAUAAUCUAAACGGUUUUCAGACAAACUUUUCAAAUAUGCCACAUAAAGCGCUAAAUACUCGUAGCGUAGUCAGCUGGCAGUGGAACGAACAGGUUCUCUCCAAAAACGCCUCACUCUGACUAAUUGAAAACAGAUUCCGAUUCCGAGCGAGGGGGAUAUUUUACAACAAAUAUAUUCAUAUUUGAUUAUGUAAAUGCAUCAACGAAAUCACCGAAAAGAUCUGUCCAACUUAUUCCGGUCCAUUCUCUGGUGGCAAAUAAAUUAGUGUUCGUGUUCGUGUUCGUCCAUACAAGCCAACUGUGUGCACUCUGUUAACUAAACUAAACACACACUACAAAGACCAUAUAAAUGCGAAUCUGGGAAAUUAAUAACCGAUGACAGUGAGGGGCAGGGGAGCGCGGGGGCCUGGAGCUUGAGCCCUACAUAUAGCCAGGUGCAAUUACCUGGUACCCAGUGUGCUGUGUCACAGUUUCCGCAAAUUAUAUUAGUCGCUCGUAGUCGCUCGGCCGGCUUAUCCCCCAAUCACAAUCGCAUCACCGUUUUCAUUUCAUUUCAUUUCACUUCAUUUCCAUUUUCAUUUUCGGACCAGCCCCGCCCCCCGCCCCCCACCGCAAGGCGAAAAGAGUGAAAAUUAAUUAGUGCUGUUAUAAAUACAGCAUAACCAUUGGGCGGCCAAAUCAUUUGACAUUCAGUCCCCCAUCAGACGUGGGACAGACGAGAAGACAAGUGCGCGAAAGAGUGACGAAUGUUGGGCGAAAAAUAAUAAAGAAAAAACCAAAGCGAAUAGGAGACAACUGAAGCUGAAAGCGGAAAGCGUAAACCGGAAUCAAAACAAAAAACUCAACGAGACGCAAAGUGGUGACACCUUUUCUUCGCAUUUGACAAAGGCAGAAGCAGCAGCAGCAGCAAUAGCAGCAUCAACAUGGCCAAGGACUUGAGCACUAUGGGAUGGGAUUAUCUGAUGUUUGUGCUGUUUAUAGCUCUCACCGUUUUGGGUCCGUUGUGGAAACGCAUUUUUGGCAAAAAGAAGGAGCGCAGCAAGGCCGACUAUGUUUUUGCCACCGGCGGAGUUUCGAUAGUGGCAGUCAUGAUUUCCAUUGCCCGUGGAACCUUGGGAGUGAGAUCCGUCCUAGGCUAUCCCAGUGAAUUGUACUAUCGCGGAUCGGCCAUGUGGGAGAUCAUCUAUGGCAUGAUGAGCGCCUAUCCCAUCGUUUGCUUCAUGUUCGUGCCCGUGUACUUCAAUCUGGGCAUCACCUCCGUCUAUCAGUACAUCGAUCUCAGGUUCAAGAGCCGCACGGUGAGAUGCCUGGCAUCGGCGACAUAUAUCGUGCGGCAGAUCUGCAACCUUGGCAUCACCGUGUACACUCCCAGCGUGGCCCUCUCGACGGUGAUUGGCAUACCCUACUGGGCCUCCAUUACGGGCAUGGCCGUCAUUUGCAUAUUCUUCACCAUUAUGGGCGGCCUGAAGGCGGCUAUCAACGCGGACGUCAUCCAGACAGUGACCAUUCUGGUUGUCACUGUGGCCGUUUGCAUCCAGGGAACUAUCUCUACGGGCGGCGUGAAGAAGGUUUACCAACUAAAUCGGGACAAUGGACGCCUCAACUUUUGGAACUUUACGGGCGAUAUGACUGUCAGAGUGGAUACCACAUCGGCUUGGCUGGGCCAACUGUUCAUGUCCCUCUCCCAGAUCGGCUGUCAGCAGAACUUUAUGCAGCGUUAUGUCAGCCUCAAGUCGCUCAAGCAAGUGCGUCGUGUAAUGCUCACCAAUGUGCCUUUGGUGUUCUUCUUCUUUUCCAUCUCCUGGAUCUCUGGCAUGGUCAUCUAUUCCACGUACAUCAAUUGCGAUCCCUACGCCGAGGGCUACAUUAAGAAACCCGAUGAGAUUCUGCCCUUCUUUGUGGAGGAUCAGCUCGGUUUCCUGCCCGGCUUCGUAGGCAUUUUUAUGGCCACCCUGUUCAAUGGCGCCCUUUGCAUGAUGGUGUCCAAUCUGAACUCAUUGGCAACGGUUAUUUGGGAGGACUUCAUCUCGCAGUUGCCGAAAUUCAAGGGACUCUCCGACAAACAGCAGCUACGAAUUCUGAAGUCGAUCACCGUCGUCUGUGGACUGAUUAUUAUGGGCGUGGCCUUCGGAGUUGGUCUGCUGGCGGGCGUUAUUGAGUCCUCGCUGCUGGUGUUCUCGGCCACAUCGGGUCCUCUGUUGGGUUGCUUCAUCCUGGCCAUGAUGGUUCCGAUUGCGAAUUGGAAGGGCACUUCCGCCGGCAUGGUCACCGCUUGCGCCUUCGUGCUUUGGAUCAUUGGCGGUGGCAUGACCGUUACCAAGGACAAUCCCCUGCUGCCCACCACCACAGAUGGCUGUACCAACGACACCUUCGCGCAGUCCAUUGGCAAGCCCAUCGUGGAACCGGGACAGAUGCCUUGGCUGUUGUCGCACACGCCCAUCGAUGGUUUCAACCAGAGCUUUGUGCCCACGCAACCCACAAUUGCACCUGAAAGAUCCGGACUGGAGACCUUCUACUCGAUCAGCUUCAUGUACUACAGUUUAAUUGGCACGGCACUGACCGUGAUCAUUGGCACAGUGAUCAGCUUGUUGACUCAGCACCCAGAUGACGCCUACGACGGCAAGCUGCUGCAUCCGUUGAUCUUCCGGCUGUGCGAGCGCUUCUCCGGCCGAAAGCCGUACUAUGUGAAGCAUGAGGAGGAGUCCGGACUGAAUGGACGGAGCAGCAGCGACUCCUCGGCCACGACAACCACAUGCAAGGAGGAGAAGGUGAAUCACGGCUACGAGUCCUCGCCGGAGGACAAGGAGAAGAGCAGUCCCAUUGCCGUCGUAUUCACCACCUCCGAGGGAACGGGAACAGCGGAUCAGCAGUCGAUAUGCGACAGCAGUAGGAUUCAAUUGGACAUUGUGCCGGGCGAGGGCGAAACGGGAGUGUAUCGCCAACUGGCCGGGCGAUCUGCGCUCUGAGGGUUAACUAUGUUGCAUACGUAGAUAGUCUGACCCUAAACUUAGUCCGUAGUACGUAAGCUAAGCCGUAGAAUAGACCAAGUUAGUUAGCCAAGUGUUUCAUGUCUAUAAAGAUGCUGUGAUUUCUGUGCGCGACUGUUGUUGAGCAAUUGCUCGCGCAUUUCAUUCGCAUGUACUUAACGCAUAUGUGUGUGCGUGGCAGCAUGCAAUAAAUAAAGACAAAUAAACUUUUUUUCAUAAAAAAA